AUGCGUCGGUUCUACGCGGUAAGAAAGGGUCGCAAGCUAGGGAUAUAUACCAAUUGGGAUGAUUGUGCAAAACAGGUUCUGGGAUUCAACAACAAUGAACACAAAAGCUUUUAUUCUUUGGACGAAGCUGAAGAGUAUAUGAAGGGCGGGGGACAUGCAGUCUUUGUUACUGAGGUGAAAGAUUUUUUGUAUGAGAAAGACAUGGAGCUCAUGCUUAUGCGUGUUUGUUCCUCGCUUCGAAUCGGAUUUCCUAUGUUUGUCCCUCAACACCUCGAAUCAAAAGACGGACAACCCAUGUUUGGAUUUAUUGUGUUUCUUCCCCACAAUCCAAGAGGCAUGGAGCUUGUGGCACAUGGUCUGGCAUCAACGAAGGAAAGGAUUGCUAGGCAAGAAGUUUCAUUCACCAUGCUAGAGAAGUUGCUAGCAAACACAGGAUACGAAAUCUAUGACUAUAAUUAUAGGAAGCUGGUUUUGAUGUAA